AUGGACGGCAUGGACUACGACCCCAUGGUGAUGGAUGGCGAGCCCGAGCAGCCUCAGGUCACCAUUUCAGCUGCCGACAGCACGCGCGUGGACUUCGCGCUCUCCAGAACCAACCUCUCGUUUGCCAAUUCGAUACGGAGAAUCAUCCAGGCCGAAGUGCCCACCAUUGCAAUCGACCUCGUCGAAGUUGAAGUCAACACUUCGGUGCUUGCCGACGAAUUCAUCGCGCACAGGCUAGGUCUCAUUCCCCUCAACGCCAAGGGCGUCAACGAACUCAACUAUUCCCGAGAUUGCGACUGCGAGCAGUACUGCGAGCAGUGUAGCGUUACGUUGACCCUACACGCGCGAUGCACCAGCGAUGAAAUCAUGAAGGUGUACGCGCGGGAUCUGAUCGUCGACGGCCGCCAUGCCAGCCAGGUCGGGACGCCCGUUAUCAACGACCCCGAGGGGAUGGGAUGCUUGAUCGCCAAGCUGCGCAAAGACCAGGAGCUAAAGCUCACGUGUAUCGCGAAGAAGGGCAUAGCAAAGGAGCACGCCAAGUGGAUGCCCACGUCAGCUGUGGGCUUCGAGUACGACCCUCACAACAAGCUGCACCAUUUGGACCUGUGGUAUGAGAACAACACGGACCCUCAAAAGGAAUGGCCCAAGAGCAAAUACGCAGAUUGGGAAGACCCUCCUCAAGAAGGCGAGCCAUUCGACUACGAUGCGGUUCCCGACCGUUUCUACUUUGAGGUGGAAACAUCAGGCAGCAUGGAGCCGGAUCAAAUCGUGCAAGGCGGCAUCCGCGCGCUCCAGCAGAAGAUUGGCGCGCUCCUCAAGGGUCUCGACCCAAAGAAAUACGGUGGCGAAGAGCCGGCGGAGUUCGAUGGUCCCAGAAGUCCAGACAUGAACGUGGACGGCGGCACUACACCAUGGCAGGAUGGCGGAUACACCACCCCCUACGGUGGCAACAUGACUACGUACGGCGAGGGGAAUGCCGCAUACGGGGCAGGCAAUAGCACCGCCUAUGGAGGCGGCGCUGGUACAUACGGCACCACGCCAUAUGGCCAGUCGUCGUGGCAGUAA